GCCCUGACGUAUGCAUUAGAGGGUAGCAACAGUUGCCUCGAGACCCCGUCGCGCCAUAGUGACUGUAGCCGUGGAGACAGUUACUUACCAACGGGCGCAACACUCAGCAACAGCAGCAGCAGCAUCUGGAAGUCACCGAGCGAGUGGGAGAGAGGGGAAAGAGAGCAGAGCCAGGGCAGAACUUUUCUCAAGGCAAAGCAUGCAGAGCUCCGAGGGAGGGUCAGACACCACGACCAGCGUGGCAGCGCUGCGGACGUCAUCAUCAGCCCAGGCCCCUGUGGUACAGCCUGUCCCAGCCUCUCAGCAGAGGGUGCUGGUUCAAGCCACAGGCUCAGCUCAAAAGGGAGGACAAGUACAGCAGCUUUCAGUACCCAGGGUUCAACAGGUCCCUCAGCAGGUGCAGCAGGUGCAACAUGUCUACCCAUCCCAGGUUCAAUAUGUAGGAGAAAGUGGAGAGGCUGUUUACCCCAAUGGAACUAUCCGAACGGCCUACUCCUACAACCCUGAGGCUCAGCUGUAUGGGCAGAGCAGUGGGGGAACCUAUUUUGACUCACAGGCGGGCGGAGCUCAUGUCACCACGGUGGUCUCCUCUGCCAGUGGUGGAGUGCCUCCUCAUGGCAUGGUGGGCAUCGCCAUGGACGUGGGCAGCAGCCACAUUAUCUCCAGUGGCAGCACCUACUUGAUCCAUGGAGGAAGCAUGGAGGGAAGCCGCAACCACAUAUCACACUCAUCACGCUCCUCCUCAGCCAUGCUUGAAAUGGCGAUUGAAAACCUCCAAAAGUCUGAAGGAAUUGCAAGUCACAAAAGCAGCCUGCUCAACAGCCAUCUGCAGUGGCUGCUGGACAACUAUGAGACAGCGGAGGGAGUGAGCCUGCCCCGGUGCUCCCUGUAUAACCAUUAUUUGAGGCACUGUCAGGAACAGAAACUGGAUCCGGUCAAUGCUGCCUCCUUCGGCAAACUCAUCCGCUCUGUCUUCAUGGGCCUGAGAACCCGCCGCCUCGGCACCAGAGGCAACUCUAAGUAUCAUUACUAUGGCAUCCGGGUGAAGCCAGACUCACCACUCAACCGGCUGCAGGAGGACACCCAGUACAUGGCCAUGAGGCAGCAGCCUGUCCACCAGAAACAGAGGUUUAAGCCUCUACAGAAGGUGGAUGGUAUGUCUGACAGCCUGUGUGGGAGCUCUCAGCACUGUAGCAGCACUCCAGAGCAGUCGGUGGCUGCGCAGAGCCAACACCACCAGCAGUACAUAGAUACGUCCCACACCUUGCCUCCUUUUCCCUCCCCUGACUUGGGCACUCAGCCUCUGCCUGAGCGCAUCAACAUGAACGAUAUCAAGAAGCUGCAGACGCUCUACAGAGACCACUGUGAGGCUACUUUGGAUGUGGUGAUGAACCUUCAGUUCCACUAUAUUGAGAAACUCUGGCAGACCUUUUGGUAUUCAACACCGCCAUCUAGUGAUGGAAACACCACCAUCCCCAACAGUGAUGAUGACCUGGAGGGUGUGAUUCCCAGAGAGAAGCUGGUGGCUCUGUGUAAAUAUGAACCAGUCAGACUAUGGAUGAGAAGCUGUGAUCACAUCCUCUACCAGGCUCUAGUGGAGAUCCUCAUUCCUGAUGUAUUGCGUCCUGUUCCCAGCACUCUCACUCAGGCCAUUCGUAACUUUGCCAAGAGUCUGGAGGGCUGGCUGACUAAUGCCAUGACCAGUUUUCCUCAAGAGAUUGUCCGCACCAAGGUGGCAGUGGUCAGUGCAUUUGCCCAGACUCUGAGACGUUACACUAGUCUGAACCACCUGGCCCAGGCAGCUCGUGCUGUCCUCCAGAACACCUCUCAGAUCAACCAGAUGCUCUCUGACCUCAACCGAGUGGACUUCGCUAACGUCCAGGAGCAGGCAUCAUGGGUGUGUCAGUGUGACGAGAGCGUGGUUCAGCGUUUGGAGCAGGACUUUAAAGUCACCCUGCAGCAGCAGAGCUCUCUGGAUCAGUGGGCUACCUGGCUUGACAAUGUGGUCUCUCAGGUCCUGAAGCCCCAUCAGGGCAGCCCGAGCUUCCCCAAAGCUGCACGUCAGUUCCUGCUCAAAUGGUCUUUCUACAGCUCCAUGGUGAUCAGAGACCUAACUCUGCGUAGUGCAGCUAGUUUUGGCUCUUUUCACCUGAUCCGUCUUCUGUAUGAUGAGUACAUGUUUUACCUGGUGGAGCAUCGUGUUGCUCAGGCCACCGGAGAGACUCCUAUUGCUGUUAUGGGAGAGUUCAGUGACCUGAGCUCUAUGAUGCCAUCACUCAUGGAAAAAGAUACAUCCUUCUCUGAUGAGAUGAGCGACCUGGGCAGCGAUGCUGAUGCGUCCAGAGGGCCUACUGAACCAGCUGUAAAGAGAGAGAGGAUUGAAAUGAGCCACCCUCUGCAGGAGAUGUGAGUCCAGUCCCAACAGGUCCAGACUGAAAGCCACGAGGACCAGCAUCUCUUCCCUAAAAAGGUGACGCUCAAGUGGCUUUUGGGGCCUUUUGGGACGCAAGUGGCUUUUAGGCCAAGCACAGUGCAUCCAUCUGCAGUCAGUGUGUGCAAUGUACAUAGAGAAGAAGAGAGUAGCAAUGUCAGUCCUCCCCUCACUAGCGUUGAUAAAGACAGUGAUAUUUGUCCCAGGAAACUCACGUCUUCUUAUUUUUUACUCACAGGGGUGUAACACAGGUCUGAUUUUCUUUCCGUUUUUGUUGCAACUGUGAAUGACUUUGUGCAGUACCUUUUUAUUGGAUGUGUAACUUUGAGUGGUGGUGUGUGGUGUUUAUGUGAUCCUCUUUUUUUUUUUUUUUUGAAUUUUAACUAGUUGUGCCAUAGUGUCAUUUGAGUGCCUUAGAUCGCUAACUUUUGAAACCACCACUACAGAUGUCUAUUUGUCCCUCAGCUGUGCCUCUACCGCAGUAUGAAUGUAUCGUCUCCAAACCUCAGACAUUCAAAGCACCUUUAACAUUGAUUAGGUGUAGGCGUGCACUCUCCUUGUUGCCUCGGCUGCAGUUCGCGGCAAACAUGACAAAAAAGAAAAACAAUGAACAUGCAACCUACUGACCCAAAGGACCUUUCCCUCAGUUGUCCCCACAAGCUUAGCCAUAGUCAUGGUUCUGUCUGUCAGGCAGGAGGGCCUCAUAGUCAGGAAGGCAGGGAAGUCUAUUACCUUGGUUGUGUGUAAGAUGUUGGUUUGUUUACCUCAAUAGAUUUCUAUGCUGUGCUCCAUUAGGCUCAGAUGACAUGAGGCAAGUAUUAAAAAAAAAAAAAAUGUAGCCACUGUUGCGGUUUGUGUCUCCCACUCUGGUUUCCUUUCAUGUAAAUAGUUCUCCACGUUCCUCCAAAUGGUUUCAAUCCUGUGAUAGUUCCCCCCUGUGCUGUUCACUCCGAAUUCAGCAGCAUGUGUAGACCUGUGGUAGUUUACUCUGCUGCCACAGAGUUGGGAACAAAUCCAGAACAAUCAGCUUAAUGGAGAUGGGAUGUUUAAACCUAAACUGGAAUCUGGUCUGUCUCAUUGAGCCUCAUUUCCUGAUUUAAAAAAAAAAAAAGGAAAAAAAAAGAAGUGGUUGUACAUUUCACCUAAGGAAGAUAAAUCAAUAGACAUUAGAGCUUUGGACCUGUAAAACCAAAACCCUUACACAUGAACAGAAUGUCGUUGGCAUCUGAGCCAGCCCAUGCUCCCCAACUUUAGAUACUUUAACCUCAUGCUGUUACUCAGAUAAAGUCUUAUGUUCUGUUUGAACUAGAUAGAAAAAUACAGUGCGUUAUUUGGAGAAUUUGUCCAUAAUAAAUUAUAUAUAUAUCUUUAUAUGGCGUAGAAAGUGUGUGCUCUGUGGCCUUCGGUCUUUGCCUGAUCUCUCUCCUCACACUGUACUUGGUCGGUCACAUUGUAUCAGAAGAAAAUGCUUUGAUGUGUAAUUGAUUAGACUGGUGUGUGUCAUAAAAUUUGUUUCCAACCUCAAUUGUUCAGUGUAUGAAAUUCAGUUAUUACAGUGGUGCUACUUGGCGCCCGAGUACGCUAUUAAAUUGUCACGAGAGAAAUUUCUAUUUAUAUCAACUAUUCUGAUUUGAUUGACAUCAGCUUUGUGUUGAAACUGGUUUGGUUGAUUUAAUUUUCCCCUUCUCCUUGCCCCCCUCCCUCUCAGAUGAUUUUGUUGUAGCGAAGAGAAUCCUUGAGCUUGAGUUAUUUAAGGCUUUUUGUAACUGGUGCCUGUCACAGUAAUUUGCCUUCAAGUGCUUUGGAGAAAAAAAAAGUAAUUUCUAUGUGUACUUUGUAAUGUUUUGUAAGGCUGUUUUAGAUUUUUGGCGGAGGAUUAUUUUUUAUUGAACUAGAUUUGGUUCUUCUUACAAGUAUACUGAACCCUUAUUUUUGUGUAUUUUUAAACCUGUUCUUGACUACACUUUAACUAGCCCAAGGACAGAUGAUGGUCUGUAAUAAACUGCAUAGUUCAGCUGUAUUUUGUACUUGGUCACAAUGUGUAAUAAAUUGGUGUAAACCAAAAGGA